GGAAGUGCUCGGAGCUGCUCCGGAAGGAGCCGGCUGUGGGAGGGCGCAGAGGCGCGGAAGCGGCUGCAGGGAGGGGCCCGGCUCCCUCUGCCCGUCCCCGGCCUUCGGCGUCCGCACCAUGGGCACCCGCGACGACGAGUACGACUACCUCUUCAAAGUUGUGCUUAUUGGAGACUCUGGAGUAGGCAAGAGUAACCUCCUGUCUCGAUUCACUCGCAAUGAGUUCAACUUGGAGAGCAAAAGCACCAUUGGAGUAGAGUUUGCAACAAGAAGCAUUCAAGUUGACGGGAAGACAAUCAAGGCUCAGAUAUGGGACACAGCAGGGCAGGAGCGAUACCGCGCUAUAACAUCAGCGUACUAUCGAGGUGCUGUAGGGGCGUUACUGGUGUAUGACAUCGCUAAGCACCUCACCUACGAGAACGUGGAGCGAUGGCUGAAGGAGCUGAGAGACCAUGCUGACAGCAAUAUUGUGAUCAUGCUUGUGGGAAACAAGAGUGACUUGCGCCACCUGAGAGCAGUCCCUACAGAUGAAGCCAGAGCUUUUGCAGAGAAGAAUGGUUUGUCAUUUAUCGAGACAUCUGCUUUAGACUCUACAAACGUGGAAGCAGCUUUCCAGACUAUUCUGACAGAGAUCUAUCGUAUUGUUUCCCAGAAGCAAAUGUCCGACAGACGUGAAAAUGAUAUGUCUCCAAGCAACAACGUGGUUCCCAUUCAUGUCCCUCCAACCACUGAAAACAAACCAAAGAUGCAGUGCUGUCAGAAUAUAUAAGAAAUGUUCAUUCUUUCCUAAAAGGCUGUGUAUAUUCCCCAGGUCCAAGAUUUAAAUAUAUUUGUAAUUCUUGUGGUUACUUUCUCGUGUUCAGUUACUGCUUACUCCUGAAUUUCUCCAUGUCUUAACCACUUUGAUUUCAUUGUUUAUAAAUCUCUUGCUUCUACGUGGCUGCAGUAUUUUCCCAACUCCGACUUGUCGGUUUUGGUUCAGUAUGUUGUUUGGAACCGAACUGAUCUCUUUCCAAUGUGAUGCCUGCUAGACAGAGCACAGACACAUUUAGCGAGCACCUGAAGAUGUUAUUCUGCUCCUCGCAAAACAAUUAUUGUCAGGAUACCUAGGAAAAUAUCUCUGGGCAGGAGAUCUUGCCUUGUCUUAAGGUGUUGUAUACUGCAUCUAAAGCUUGAUGAAAUGCCUGCUGCUCUGAAGUGCAAUUUUAAUGUAAAGCUAAAUGUUUUUGGCUACAUCUUCAGAUUGUCAAGUUGAGGAUUUUCUGUAGAACAUUAUGGGGGGGGAAGAGAAUUUCUUGCAAACAAGCAGCAGGGUUCUUGCUACCUGUGAAUGAGCUUUUGUGGUUUGGCACCCGCUGCAAAGGAGGCUGUGGUGUGAGGCAGAGCUGCUGGAGGCUGGCCGGGGAGAGGCUGGUGGGACUCUGUGCGAGGUGCCUCCAGUGAAGUAAGGAAAAACACGAGCUAAAGCACGAGCUGUGUCGCUAGCUGAGGGUCGCUCUAACACUGGAACUUGCAGCGUGAUUGUGUGUUGCCUGAGACUUGGCCUCCACAGUGCCGGUGGUAUCAGGAUUUGAGGAUGCCUUUUUCCUUUCAUGGCACACAGACGUGAAGGGUGUUGUCACACUGCAUAUCACAUAUAUUAGUACAUGCCACACGUUAAUAUAUUCAAAUGCUAGAGUUGAUGAAUCAGUAAUUUCUACAACCUGGUCUUAGUUUCCAGUUCUGUUUCCUCUAGUAUUUCUCAAUAAUUCCAAUGGCUUGACACAUGGUCUUUAACAAAAAAACAUCUGGAGUAUUUCCCAUUGGAUGCAUUCAUUCUGUAGUCUGUCGCUCAGUACAAAUCAUCCGUUCAAUUAGCUUGUUCAGGGAUACAUGAACUGUGCCUUCUGUCGCUACACUCUGAAACCACUGCGUAUUACACAGGAUGUGCUAUUCCCAAACAUGCCCUUAAUACUGAGAUUUGGGGGCUUUUGGCACUGCAUUUCUACUGGAUUUAAAGAGCUGUUUGUUGUAUAAACGCCUGUGGUUGUUUAUACAACGGCAGGAAGCUAAUUGUAGGGGCCCUUUCUCAAACUCUGAUAUGACCCACUUGGAACAUCCACAUUUGGGUAGGCACUACCAGCUGCAUUUCUUACCCAACCUUUCUGUCUUGCGGUGCUCAUGAUGUGUAAGGCACACGGAAGGCAUUGCUGUAGUCGGUCACUUGUUUUAUUUAAUCCAUUUCUCCUCCUAGUAUUAGUUCUGAAGAUGCUCUUUUGAUCUGUUUGUAAAUUACUUUGUAUUUUAUGCAUGUACUGUAACUUGAUUCAUUAUUUUUUUAGAUUGAUUUAAAAUAUAUUCAUCCAUGAUUCUAAUAAAGAAUUACAGGGGACGACA